UUAUUAUUUAAAAACAAAUUACUCACCCUAAACCUGGCUUACCUACAGCCAACGCCGUCCCUCGCACCAUUGCUUUUCCUUUCUUCUUCUUCCUCACCUCACCUGCUGUUCACCAGAGUUGCCAUUGUUUCCCCAGUCACAGCCGGUCCGCCGUUCACGCCUUCACGCCAAGGUUUGAAAAAUAAAAAAAAAAAUCGGAUGUAAGCGCGCGAGCUUCUCUUCUCUGAGUGUCACGCCCUCUUGCAAAAUGGCCUCCAAAAUCGCUAGGAUUAACCUCGUGAGCUCGCAUCCUGAAGUUUAUGAACCAUGCGAUGAUUCAUUUGUGCUGGUCGACUCGCUACUAGCCGACAGAGCCAACUUAUUAGAACACCAUCCUUCAAUUUGCAUGGAAAUCGGCUGUGGUAGUGGCUAUAUCAUCACAUCACUAAUUCUUCUGCUCGGAAAAGGCGACUCUGGUGCCUACUAUAUCGCGACAGACAUAAACCCCCAUGCCGUGAAAGUAACUCGUGAAACACUACGAGCGCACGGGUGUGACGCCGAGGUGAUAAACACUGACAUCGCCUCAGGACUAGAGAGUCGACUAUCUAAGUCUGUGGAUGUUUUGGUAGUGAACCCACCUUAUGUCCCGACGCCAGAGGAGGAGGUGGGUCGCGGUGGCAUUGCUGCUGCUUGGGCCGGCGGGGAGAAUGGCAGGACCGUCAUUGACAAGAUAUUGCCUGUUGCUGACGAGCUUCUUUCAGAGAAGGGAUGGUUAUACUUGGUCACACUCACUUAUAAUAAUCCCUUAGAAAUCUGCCUCGAGAUGAGGAAGAAAGGAUACGCAUCGCGCAUAGCGUUGCAGAGGACAACGGAUGAGGAGAGCCUCCAUGUGAUAAAAUUCUGGCGAGAUCCGAGUAUUUUGUUGGAGGCUAACGAGCAAAUGGCAUCGGACAAUACAGAAAAUUCGCAAGCUGAAGAUUCUCCUACCUUUUCGCCGUUCAAAUUCUGGAGACGUGGGACUUGGAAUGGCAACAACGCGAAAUAGGCUUCUCGCCAUUUUUUAGUUCAACACAAAAAGAACAAGUGAGCUGUAAUUUUAGUGUAGCCAUGCUGAUGAAGACAUGACUCAGAUCGAUGGAUAAACACGAGCAAGCAGAUGACGCAGACGCAGACGCAGCCCAGCAGGAGAUCGGCUCGUUGGAGAAAGUCUAAGCUUUCAACUCAACUUGGAACCAAAAUUUUGAUUUUCUAGAGUUUUUGUUAUUUUUUAAUCUAAUUUUUUAUUGGUUUAAAAGUUACUGAUUUUAAUGUUAUUAUAUAUUUAA